GAUAGCAUGCGAGAGGCGAUACACGCCCUGCGUUGUAUCUUCUGGUGCCUCCGAGGUACGCAGAGCACGCGGAUCGAUCAUGCCGUAGUAAGCCGUUGUGUAUUUACAUAUUGGCUUUUUCGCGCUCUAGCUUUGCAACGGAGCGUUUUCAGCGAAAACCACACAUAUUUUCUGACCUUCAUUGCCCGUUCAGUAGGUGGUAUCCUUUGUGAGACGAACGAACACUCGAGAAGUGAGAUGACGAGUAACAGACAGACA